CGUAGAUCUCUGGAGACGGACACCGAGUGACAGACAUUCACCGGCUACUGGUGGAGAUCACACCUCUAGCUGACAUAUUUGGGCCUGGAGUCGCAGACCGGGAGUCAGGGUUUGAGAAAUAAAGCAUUGAUAGUGCAAUGUGUGACAGGGAGUGACAGGCCACACACAUAAAGUGCCUCUGUGCCCCCCGCAAACACAGCAGCUGUUUUCACUGCCCGUCACACACACAGGCUGUAACUGCACACAUACUUUUUGCUGGCCCUCCUACACCACACUCACAAGCUGCUUCUCGACACUAAAUGUACUGGUUAGUACUGUCACAUACUCUAUCCUCUCUAUUACUCACUAGCUGUCUCUCUCUUUGUCACUUUCACUAGUUCAGAAACCACUGUCUCGCUCCUCAUGGACCCUUUUGUAUGACAGCUGUUGGGGCUGGGGCCCCCUUUCACAUCUGGUUAUAGUCACUCCUCUUUGUGUACCACUUUCACUAUAUUGCCCUAGCUGUGUCACAAUGGGGGAGACCAAGGUCAUAUACCACCUGGAUGAGCAGGAAACACCAUACCUUGUGAAGCUUCCUGUACCCUCUGAACGGGUAACUCUUGGUGAUUUUAAGGGUGUCCUCAACAAGCCUAACUACAAGUUCUUCUUCAAGUCAAUGGACGAUGACUUUGGUGUUGUAAAAGAAGAAAUUUCUGAUGACAAUGCCAAGCUCCCUUGUUUCAAUGGAAGAGUGGUGUGUUGGCUUGUGUCUGCAGAUGGGUCGCAAUCGGAUGCAGGCUCAGUUUGUGCUGAUAAUCUUUCAGAUUUGCCUCCCCCAAUUGAGAGGACUGGAGGAAUUGGUGACUCACGCCCCCCUUCCUUUCACCCAAAUACCCGUGGUAGCCAAGAGAAUUUGGACAAUGACACAGAUUCUGUGGUAUCAGCACAAAGAGAGAGACCAAGGAGGAAGGAAACAUCAGAGCAUGUCUCCAGGCUGAAUGGAUCAUCCAGACUGGAGCGAAGAAGGGAUGCUACUGGGUAUGAGAGCUCUUCCACCCUAAUGAGCAGUGAGUUGGAUUCUACCAGCUUCUUUGACUCUGAUGAAGAUGACUCCACCAGCAGGUUCAGUAACUCUACGGAGCAGAGCAGUGCUUCUCGUCUUAUGCGGAGACACAAAAGACGCAGGAGAAAACCAAAAAACCCACGCAUUGAUCGGUCUUCUUCAUUUAGCAGCAUUACAGAUUCCACCAUGUCUCUAAACAUAAUCACAGUCACGCUAAAUAUGGAGAAAUACAACUUUUUGGGCAUCAGCAUAGUUGGGCAAAGUAAUGAGCGUGGAGAUGGGGGUAUUUACAUUGGAUCUAUCAUGAAAGGUGGAGCUGUAGCCGCAGAUGGGAGGAUUGAACCUGGAGAUAUGCUACUGCAGGUAAAUGACAUCAAUUUUGAGAACAUGAGUAAUGAUGAUGCAGUGCGAGUCCUGAGAGAGAUUGUGCACAAGCCAGGACCCAUCACUUUAACUGUUGCCAAGUGCUGGGAUCCCUCCCCUCGUGGAUGUUUCACAUUGCCCAGAAGUGAACCAAUUCGGCCAAUUGAUCCAGCAGCUUGGAUCUCUCACACAGCAGCAAUGACUGGUACUUACCCUGCUUAUGGCAUUAGCCCAUCCAUGAGUACAAUUACCUCCACCAGCUCCUCCAUCACCAGCUCCAUUCCAGAAACAGAACGAUUUGAUGACUUUCACCUGUCAAUACACAGUGAUAUGGUGACCAUUGUGAAAGCCAUGAGUUCCAGCGAGUCUGGUCUAGAGGUUCGUGACAGAAUGUGGCUGAAGAUCACCAUCCCCAAUGCAUUUAUUGGCUCUGAUGUUGUUGAUUGGCUGUAUCACCACGUUGAUGGGUUUACAGACCGACGAGAGGCUAGGAAAUAUGCCAGCAACCUUCUGAAAGCUGGAUUCAUCCGCCACACAGUCAAUAAAAUUACCUUCUCUGAGCAGUGUUACUACAUUUUUGGAGACCUAUGUGGUAACAUGGCAAACUUAUCACUGAAUGACCAUGAUGGAUCCAGUGGAACCUCUGAUCAGGACACUCUGGCUCCUCUCCCACAUCCUGGAGCUGCCCCAUGGCCCAUGGCAUUUCAGUACCAGUACCCACUGCCUCAUCCAUACAGCCCUCACCCAGGAUUCCCAGAUGCUGGUUACAACUAUGGAGGGGGCAGUGCCGGAAGCCAGCACAGUGAAGGCAGCAGAAGUAGUGGCUCCAACCGAAGCAGCACAGAGAAACGGAAAGACAAAGACCCCAAGGCUGGGGACUCAAAAUCUGGUGGAAGUGGAAGUGAAUCAGAUCAUACCACACGGAGUAGCUUGCGCAGAGAUCGGGCGGCCAGUGAAAGAUCUAUGCCAGCAAGCGAGCACAGCCAUAGAAGCCACCAUUCAGUCGCACACAGCAUCAGGAGUCACCACACGCACCAAUCUUAUGGACCCCCUGGAGUACCCCCUCUUUAUCCCCCUCCAAUGAUGAUGAUGCCAGCACCCCCUGCCAUGGGACCCCCAGGAGCACCACCUGGUCGUGACCUUGCCUCUGUCCCACCAGAACUCACUGCUAGUAGACAAUCUUUUCGCAUGGCCAUGGGGAACCCUAGUGAGUUCUUUGUGGAUGUUAUGUGAGCAACUAUUCUAAAACUGGCUGUUUAAGCAUUUUUUUGUCUAUCAGAAAGUCUUGUUAUUAGUAAUUGAUACUAAGAAAGGAGGAGAGUCCAGCACGGUGCAGAUGAGCUUUGUGUGUGAUGUUCGCACGGACCCUCUCACUUGCCACUAAUAUAUGCACCUAAUCUCUCAGACCCCCGCUGUAGACUGUAUGCGUGUGCAGGGGGAGGAGGCUGGUCCGAAAUCUUGCCUGGCUGCUUGGCUUCAGUAACAGAUUUAUUUUAACAAAUUAACAAUGCAUCCAGAGAUGACGAUAGUGGAGCUGAAUGUCAUUCCGUUUGUGUUUAAUUUUUUUAUUAUUAUUUUUUGUUUUGUUUUACAUUUUGUGUUUCUUUCAUUAAGCAGCAAAGAUUUCUGGGGUAUUUGACUUUCUCUGAUCAGCUUGCCAGAGAAAGAUUAUUAUCCCCAGCUGGAACGUGUCACUUCUUAUGUCAUGGAGCUACAGUUUGUAGAUGGAGGAUCCAGUGCCACAUCAAGAUGUUGGGUUUAUGUAGAGGAAGAGGAUUUUGCUGGAAGGAAACACCACAAGCCUUACACAUACAUGGAACAAGAAUAAACACUAACUAGUUACACGGAGUGCCACAAAACCUUUCUUCACAAACUCACAGAGCAAAAAAAAUCUAUUCUUCUAAAGCAUUCUGUAUUAACAGCACCUUGCUUUAGAAAAGGUACAUAUUUUAUAAACGUAUUUAAAUUUAAAUUAAGAGGCAACUGUCAUUCUUACACUUCUGCCAAAAAGCCAACAACAUGUUUGUUUUCAUGUAUAUGUAUUUCUCUACUAUGUUUUGCACAUAAAAGGGAGAAGAUGCUGUCAUCCCGUUACACUACAUUGUACCUGUUUUUUGUCAGUGCAGGUGGAAGAUUUUUCUUACUUUUACCUGAAUGAAUGUCCCAGGAAUGGUGCUGUCAAAUCUAUUUUUCCAAAAUUUGUAUAUUGUGCACCAUCCCACCUGCAUCCUAAAUACUAAUGAAAUAACAGCACAAUGUACACGACAAUAGAUUGUACACGCAGACUCUGCAGCAAUGUGUGACACUGAUGCCCAGGAGAGGAGUGAGAAACUCCAAGAUGACAUGGACUCAGCAGUUUGGAGAACUAAUUCUACUAUGUAUCCAAUUAAAGCUGUGUUUGGAAACAAUAUUAUUAAUAUCAAUAUUGUCUUUCUACAUCACCUGUCCUCCCUGUUGCUCAUGAAAUCAGGGUGAUCUCUUGCAUUCAGUGCUGCCACUUUGCUUUUUUGCAAAUAAUUUGAUAACGUGAGCAGCUAUCCAGCUUUUACUCACUUAGUUUUCUUGAUAUUUCUGAUGCAAUAAAUCUCCACAAGUUUUAA